AUGACUGCCCUCGUCAACCGUACCCCAACAUUCCUCGCUGAACCACAAUGGCUCUCAACACCGUUCGAAGCCCAUCCCAAGUCCGCAGUUGACCAGCUCUUCGACAGUCUCGCCCUGCUGCCUUCUCUCCUCGCGCGUGCCGACCGCGUUCUGGCGCAAGAACACACCAUCACCCGCCGCCUGAUGGCACAGGACUUACUCAACAACUGCCUAGACCUAGAGGUAGAACUCGGCAGGUGGUACACCACGCUCCAAGUCUCACCAGCAUCCGGAAUCAGCCAACCCCUAUUCUGGCUUUCCAACCAACCCUCAACAGCACCCCACCCCUACCACCUCCCCAACCCCCUCACCUUCCGCGACGCCCACACCGCGCUAGCGCUAUCCUACUACUGGACCGCACUGGUGCUCUUCUACCCAACCAUCUGGCGCCUCUAUUUCGCCGCCGUCAUCGACCCCGUCACAGCCUACGAUCACAGCACCACCACCAACACCGCCAACGCCAGCACCGCCACCACCACAACCGGCUACCCAAGCCCACCAACCCAUCCCCAUCACCACCACCACCACCACCACCACCAGCAAAACCUCCUCGAACCCACUGACCUCCCCCUCCCAACCCGUCUGCAAACCCUCGACCCGAUGCGGUACUCGCUGCCGCGGGUACGUGAUGCCGCGGCCGACGUGUGCCGCGCGCUCGAGUUCGUCCUGGCAGACCCAUCACCAUCAUGUGCGCAGCCCGACUUGCUGUGGCACGCGCUGUUUGUGGUGGGGCGGUUUUUUGGGGAGUUGGGCGGUGUUGGAGUUGGUGUGGGGGUUGGUGUUGGUGUUGGGUUUGGGGGUCAUAUGAAUGCGGGGUUUGGGUUGGAGGUGGGGAUGGGUGCGGUUGGGAUGCCGGGUGUUGGGGAUGGGGGUGUCGAGUUGGUGUGGUGUGAAGGGUUUAGGGAGAGGUUGGUGGCGAGGGGGAGGGAGAUGCGGGAGGGGGUGGUUGCGCGGAGGUGGGUUGACCUGGCUUCUUUUUGA